UAAAGUGUGCCAUGUUUCUCCCCGAGCAAUAAACACCAGUGCACUUUUUCAAGUGCAGUCAACACAUUCAUGGCAGUGAACCAGCGACUGUUUGAGGUGCUUUGAGUGGACUCAGUUAACGUUGCAGUGGCUAACAGCAUGUAUGCGAAUAAGUUCAGCCGCUUCAUGUUAGCGCUGUACAGCCGGAAGACGGCCACUGCCUGCGGCGGGCUCUUAACGGCCACUGCCUGCGGUGGGCUCCAGAGUGCGGCAGGACGGAGCGGCUUUAGCUGGACUGCGGUGUGUAAACAGCGGACACUGUGGCUCCAGCGGACCGCCUGUCUGAAUACUCAGCAAAAUACGGUUCGCUGUCACGUCAGUGCUCGGUCCGCCUCCCAGACCACAGUGGACCCCGAUGAGGUGAGGCGGUUCCAGUCUCUGGCCAGCAAGUGGUGGGACGAACAGGGAGAAUUUGCAGCUCUUCAUGCCAUGAAUGACCUGAGGGUGCCUUUUAUACGGGACAAUCUGCUGAAUGUGCACAGAGUCCGUCACCCUGGGAAACCUCUCCGAGGACUCCGCAUACUGGAUGUCGGCUGUGGAGGAGGCCUGCUCACAGAGCCCCUAGGCCGCCUGGGAGCUAAUGUGUUGGGCAUAGAUCCAGUAGGCGACAGCAUCGGUACAGCCCAGCUGCACUCAUCCGCAGACCCGGACCUCUGCGAGCGGGUCUGCUACCGGGCCAGCACUCUGGAGGAGCUCGCAGCAGAAGGCGAUGCCGCAGAGGAGGAGCAGGGGGCGGGCCAGUUCGACGCGGUUGUAGCCUCUGAGGUGGUGGAACAUCUGGCUGACCUGGAAACCUUCGCCUUCUGCUGCAACCAAGUGCUGAAGCUAGGCGGCUCCCUCUUCAUCACUACGAUAAACAAAACCAACCUGUCCUACGCGCUGGGGAUCGUGGUGGCCGAGCAGCUGCUGCGCAUCGUUCCCGGCGGGACGCACGACUGGGACAAGUUCAUCGGCCCUGUAGAGCUGGAGCGCCUCCUGGAGUCCAAUGGUUUCUCGGUGCAGUCUGUCCAAGGAAUGCUGUACAACCCGGUAUCAGGAGCCUGGAGCUGGACUGACAGCACCGCCAUCAACUACGCCCUCCGCGCUGUCAAAGUGCGAGACGAUCCCCACACGGAGCAGGCCGGGGGCGGCAGCACCCACCCAGAGGAGCACCCCACUGCAGCCCCACACAGCUGAGCCCAACCACUGGAGAACCAGUCGGAAAAUGA